UGAACGUCUCCCUUGGUGCAAAUAAAGUCUUGGAACAUCUCAGGGAAACAUACAUUGUUCAAAGCACAGUAUGACCUUCUUUUACUUCUGUAGAGGACAUACGAAUAUGCUUUUUACUUGCAGCAAAAGAUAAAAGGAUGGAAUGACGCAAUGGAUCAGAAAAAGGCAAGCCCUGGCACAAAACGUGUACUUCUGUAUAUAGUGUCCUACAACAAACGGUGUAGAGGUGAAAGAGGGUGGGGACUUUCUCCACUUGUCCAUGAGCGACUGCACAUGAACUUGCGGUUGGUCUAUAAACAGUGCUGUACAUCGCACGGGGGAUUUUAAACUCCUUGCAACACAAGGGGGGCCGUUGCUUGAGGCUGCAAAACGAAAGUAUGUUGCAGACCAAGACAAGGCGGCUGAAAGCAAGGCAAAGUGUCGUGGCUUAUGGAGCUAAACUCUGAUGUUUAACAAAGCACCGUAAUGAGUGGGAAAGUCUGGAUAUUGAUCACUGCAAUUUCAUUCAUCACCCAUGUUUACCAUGUCCAGUCUAAGUGCAUGAAGCAAGACAUUAAGGCACAUCUGGAUGAGCUGAUGUUGGAAGAGCACGUGUUUCAGAUUAAGGUGUUCUCACCUGAAACGAAGGAACAUGAGCUUCUAUCAGUAAUAAAUACCCUCUGUUCAUACUGGACAAAUAAUAAGGGCAAGGAUAAAUUAAAAGUUGUACAAACUUUUCACAUAAUGCUGUAUAAUCUAGAUGAAAAAUUCAAAGACUUUUGUGAAAAUCUCAACUGCACGGAUGCUUACACAGUACGCGGCAUUGACACAGCCACUUUUGGAGAAAUGUAUAGAAAAUCUUGCGAUGGAUCAGUAUCAGACCUGAAGUGUCCAUCAAAGAGCACACCUUUAACAACGAUCAGCCCAACUCCUGAAUUCAGCACAGCAUUUUUAACAACGGUCAGUUUAAUCACCACAGAUCAUGAAAGCUUAACAUCUUUAACAACAUUGGUCAGCCCAAACAUCACUGCUCCUGAAAAUUUGACAGCAGAUCCAUCGGCACGUACAGAAACCAUCAUUAAAGAAGACAGUCAGUGGGCUACCAUUAAAACAUGUUCUGGACUCCUGGUUGUGUCAUUCCUGCUGAAUACUGUUUUACUCUUCAAGGUGUUUCACAUACACAGGAAGUCAAAAACAUCCAGAGAGAUGACACACUUGGAGUUACAAGGUAGACAUCUGAUUAGUAAAUGAAUCAUUUUAGCACUUCGUGGGUCACCUGUUGACGUGUUUCUCCAGCUACAUAAUCACUCUCCAGUCAUCUGUUACUGCAUCCACACUCUCUAUGCACGACACAGUGCUGUUUUUAAAUCUGUGACUGGCAAUGUGCCUGACAUGCCCACACAGCUUGUGUAUUUAUCAGUUUCUAAUUGUAAUUGUCUUGAAUGUGCCUCUGUAACUGUUAUCCGUCAUCUAUCAGGUACAUGGGAUAUGUUUUAAGAAAUACUUAAAAUAUACCAUCAUUUGCAAUAGAAGAAACCCCCUCUUUUUAACACUUUAUUUUAUUCAUCUUGGUAUUUAUUAUCAUUGUUUUUAUUUGAUCUACUUACCCAUCCCCGGUUCUCUUUGUUCUGUCUAUUAUAUAUUUUUGUUUACACAACAAUAUUAUAACUAGUACAGAAAUUAUUGGGAAAAAAUCCAUCCCCUUUAGCAUUCAGGCCCCGAAUGGUUGUACCAGACGGGAACGAAAAGUAUUUACAGCCAAGAUACCGCUGCAAAAAAGUAAUAUAUCCUGUUGUUUUCAGGAGUUUGUAUUUUAUUGUAUUGUU